CUACCUUCCCCUCGAAGUAUCUGGGCUAUCUCGUUCCUGAACUAGUUCCCCAAGAACUGUGGCGCUGGCUCCGCAGCCGUUGCAGCUGGACCAGGCCUCCAGCCGUGCCUCCGGGGCCUGGGAAACGGUCCUCCCCCUGCCAGCCCCCGCCCUCUCCACUUGGGCGCACACCUCCCUCCCUGACGCAUUUUGCCGCACAAGCUGUAAUAUGGCGGCAGCAACGGCGGCCUGAACUCUAGGGAACGAGGGUGAUUUUUGAUGCUUCAAAAUCAUUGAAAUAUUGGAGCCAUGGGAAUAAAGGUUCAGCGUCCUCGAUGUUUUUUUGACAUUGCCAUUAAUAAUCAACCUGCUGGAAGAGUUGUCUUUGAAUUAUUUUCUGAUGUGUGCCCCAAAACAUGCGAGAACUUUCGUUGUCUUUGUACAGGUGAAAAGGGGACAGGGAAAUCAACUCAGAAACCAUUACAUUAUAAGAGUUGUCUCUUUCACAGAGUUGUCAAGGAUUUUAUGGUUCAAGGUGGUGACUUCAGUGAAGGGAAUGGACGAGGAGGGGAAUCUAUUUAUGGAGGAUUUUUUGAAGAUGAGAGUUUUGCUGUUAAACACAACAAAGAAUUUCUCUUGUCUAUGGCCAACAGAGGGAAGGACACAAACGGUUCACAGUUCUUCAUAACAACGAAGCCAACUCCUCAUUUAGAUGGGCAUCAUGUUGUUUUUGGGCAAGUGAUAUCUGGCCAAGAAGUUGUAAGAGAGAUAGAAAAUCAGAAAACAGAUGCAGCUAGCAAACCAUUUGCUGAGGUGCGGAUACUCAGUUGUGGAGAGCUAAUUCCCAAAUCUAAAGCUAAGAAAGAAGAAAAGAAAAGACAUAAGUCAUCAUCAUCAUCAUCAUCCUCAUCUAGUGACUCAGAUAGCUCAACUGAUUCUCAGUCCUCUUCUGAUUCUUCUGAUUCAGAAAGUGCUUCUGAAGAGAAAUCAAAAAAAAGAAAAAAGAAACAUAGGAAAAAUUCCCGAAAACACAAGAAAGAAAAGAAGAAGCGAAAGAAAAGCAAGAAAAGCGCAUCUAGCGAAAGUGAGACUGAAAAUCUUGAAGCACAACCGCAGUCUACUGUCCGUCCAGAAGAGAUCCCUCCUAUACCUGAAAAUCGAUUCCUAAUGAGAAAAAGUCCCCCUAAAGCGGAUGAAAAAGAAAGGAAAAACAGAGAAAGGGAGAGAGAGAGAGAGUGUAAUCCACCUAACUCCCAGCCUGCUUCAUACCAGAGGCGACUUUUAGUUACUAGGUCUGGCAGGAAAAUUAAAGGAAGAGGACCAAGGCGUUACCGAACUCCUUCUAGAUCCAGAUCAAGGGAUCGUUUCAGACGUAGUGAGACUCCUCCACAUUGGAGGCAAGAGAUGCAGAGAGCACAAAGAAUGAGGGUAUCAAGUGGUGAAAGAUGGAUCAAAGGGGAUAAGAGUGAAUUAAAUGAACUAAAAGAAAAUCAAAGAAGCCCAGUUAGAGUAAAAGAGAAAAAAAUAACUGAUCACAGGCAUGUGUCUGAGAGUCCAAACAGAAAAAAUGAAAAGGAAAAGAAAGUUAAAGACCAUAAAUCUAACAGUAAGGAGAGAGACAUCAGAAGAAAUUCAGAAAAAGAUGAUAAAUAUAAUAAAAACAAAGUGAAGAAACGGGCCAAAUCUAAAAGUAGGAGUAAGAGCAAAGAGAAAUCAAAGAGUAAAGAAAGAGACACAAAGCAUAAUAGACAUGAAGAAAAGAGGAUGAGGUCAAGGAGUAAAGAAAGGGAUCAUGAGAUUGUUAAAGAAAAAGAAAAGUGUGAUUCUAAAGGAAAAGAUCAGGAAAGAAGUAGAAGUAAAGAGAAAUCUAAACAGUUAGAAUCAAAAAGUAAUGAGCAUGAUCAUAAUAAAAGUAAGGAAAAAGAUAGACGUCCACAGUCUAGGAGUAGAGAACGUGAUGUCACUAAAGGCAAACACAGUUACAAUAGUAGAACAAGAGACCGAAGCAGAAGUAGGGACAGGAGCAGAAGAGUGCGAUCUAGAAGCCAUGACCGAGAUCGCAGCAGGAGCAAGGAGUACCAUAGAUACAGGGAGCAAGAGUACAGGAGAAGAGGAAGGUCCCGAAGCCGAGAGAGAAGAGCAACACCAGGAAGAUCGAGAAGUAAAGAUAGGAGGAGGCGGAGGAGAGAUUCACGAAGUUCAGAGAGAGAAGAAAGUCAAAGCAGAAACAAAGAAAAAUAUAGAAACCAAGAAAGUAAAAGUUCACACAGAAAAGAAAAUUCUGAGGGUGAGAAGAGAAUGUACUCUAAAAAUCGUGAUCAUAAUAGCUCAAAUAAUAAUAGGGAAAAAAAGGCUGAUAGAGAUCAAAGUCCAUUCUCAAAAAUAAAACACAGUAGUCAGGACAAUGAAUUAAAGUUCUCCACAUUGAAAAAUAAGGAGGAUGAGAAGACCAGGUCCUCAGUGGAAAAAGAAAACCAAAAAUCAAAGAGUCAAGAAAAUGACCACAUACAUGAUAAAAAUAAAAAAUUUGAUCAUGAAUCAAGCCCUGGAACAGAUGAAGAUAAAAGUGGAUGAGUGAGUUGUGUAAACUUCUUAUUUCCAUUCUGUCUCAAAUUUUAAGUUUUAAAGACUUGCUGAUGAAUCUCCUUUAUGUUGUUUCCCUCUUUUCAUUGUUUUUGGGUUUUAUGUUUGUCUUUUUUUUUUUUUUUUUUAAUGUGGACUUUAUUGAGUUGAUCUUUUGAUAAUCUGCAACCUGGAUAAUUUGUACUGCUAAAGUUUUAAUAAACUUGAAAUGAGAAAAACAUUUUGGUGUAAUACUGUGUGCUGUGUUUAACUAUUUCAUGUAUGCAUUUUUGUGUUGCAACAAUCAGCCAAUAAUAGCAAAUACGCUUUUCUACAUCCCAGUUUGUGUGAUCAGCCAGUUCAAAACAAGGGUAACUGAUUGUUGGAAUACAUUGUUACAUAAGCUUGUGUUUCUCAUGUUUAAAGUAACUUUAGAAGCCACUAGAUAGAAGAAAUCUUGUGUAGAUUUUCUGACUGCAUUUGUAAUAGAGGCUUGCAGCAGCACAACAGCUUUUAAUUACACAGAAAAGUAGGAUCCUAAUAACUUGAGAUCUUAAGUCAUCACUUUGGAUUUUUUAGUGAUUUGUGCUUUAAAAUAUUUAUAUUGCACUUCCUAUGUUCUUUUUAAUUUCAUUCAUAGCUUGAUUCAUACUAAUAUUUUUCCUACCAAGUUUUGUUUUACUGAACUGUCUACAAAAAUAGUUGAGUACUUUUUUUCAGUUGAUGUACUGAUUGAGUUUGACUUGCUGUUAUACAGCAUUUGACAAGAACUUACCUUAGAAGAUGAGAUUGUAAUUCUCAGUUGUAUGUUGCUUUUGAUCUGAAGAGAUGAAACUUUUGCUUUGGGGAACACUGUUUUAUUUUUAUUAUCAUUACCCUUCUCUAAAAUGAGGAUACUUUACUCACUAAAAUAUACCACUUGUGCAGGUCUUUUAAGUUAGACAGAUUCUAAAAAUUGUUAGUAUUGACAUAUUAACUUCCAAGAUUUCUCUUUUGGCCACUGAUCUAUAUAGAGUUGAGUGAUAGCUCUGCAUGGUUGUUGUUUUGGUUUUGUUUUUUUAACUUGAGCUGGCUUCUCUAAAUCUCAUAGCUGUGAGUUUCAAAUGGCAAGAAAAUGCAUCUUUUCUAUAUAUAUGUAUCACAAUAGGGUAUAGCAUGUUUAUGACUCUGGUUUCUUUCUAUUCAGAUGGCUUUAUACCAUUAUUGUUAACAUUAUUUUAGCUUGGCAUGUGUAACAUUGCCACAUAGAGUAGAGUAGAAAGUUGCAAAAUUUGAUAGCUUACAGAGUUAAACAAUAAAGAUACCCAAAGUCCAUUUACAAUUUUUGUGUGUUGUAUAUUGCUAUUUUUGUGAUGUGUGGCCUUUUUUCCUGUGUUUUCUCUUCUAAAUAAAAUAUUGAACAUCCAGCAAACACAAAACCUGCCUCAUUUGAGAAGAAAUUUCAGAAUUCCAAUUAAUAGUAGCCUUUAGAGUGUUUUGUACUUUAAUAUUUGUCAAUGUAGUGUCACCUCUUAACCAAGGUAGCUUCUUGGAAAACCCAGUAACUAACUCAGUGCUGUUUGUACUGAGCAAAACAGUGCUUAACAUAAUACUUUCCAUAUUGAUUAAUACAGUAAUGACACAUUUGGCAUUGUGGUAGCUGUUUGUAUAAAGAAUAGUAGGUAAUGAUUAUAAAAUUGUUUGGACUAUCUUGAAGCAAAUUUCCACAGUGGAGUCCUUUUAAAUUUAUUUUCCUGAUGAUAAUGGUAAUAGAUAUUUAUGAUAAUCUGGGGUGAUUGAUUCCUUAGAGACUUAGACCACAAACCCUACCUUAGUUAGGGAUGAUUUAAUCUUGAGUUCCAAGCUAUAUAAUCUGUUACAUAUUUUAAACUAGUUAUCUUAAAAUUCAGUAAGUUGCAUUUUUAAAAUUUGUUAUAAACUAUUUGAGCUUCAAGAAAGGUGGUGCUAUUUAAGAAAGGAUUUCUAAUAACAACAAUAAACCCAUGCUAAGUAAAAAUACUUAAUGUUGUCUGAUUCCAGAGCUUUAUCUACUAAAAAUUACAGACCAGUAACCAUAAGGGGAAGAAUUCAAAUUUCUGAAAGUAAUAUUCUCCUGAUUAUCAAAAGAGCAACUCUGUGCUAAGAUCGAUAGACGUUUAAAAACUGUUUUUACAGUAGAAUAGAUAACGGUAAAGAAAUUGAAAUGAGAGAUGACAAUCAGAUUUUAUUUUCCGAAUAUAAAAAAUAUUUAGAAAAUAAUUAAACAGCAUUAACUGUACCUCAAGUCUGCCUUUGCAUCUGAAUAACACAUAGCUCAAACAGUCCUUUCAUUACAUUUUUAAUAGUUGUGGCACCUUUAGCUUUUACUUUGAAUAUACUCCUUCCUGAAAGCCGGCUCUUUCUUUCCUGUCAGAUUGAUUUUAUAGUUAUGUCUGAGCUUAUGAUUUACCUCCAACUAUCUUUAACUUCAUAUUCGCUAAAGAUAUUUAAUUGGUUUAUUUUAUUGUUUGGCGAUAUCUGAGAAUUGUUUUUAUGAUUAUAUCAUUCUAUUUUGGGUUAACCAUCUGCCACAGAAAUUGACACUACAGAGAGAUUAAUGUUAAUGUAAAGAAUCUACUGGGUUGCAUUAAAAUAUUUUUAAAUUACAGUUAAUGAGUUCAUAGAGUAUUGUACGUUCUAAUAGAAUUUCUUAAAGCCUUCACAGAAAUUUCAAAAAAUUUGCUAAAUCUGUCUUUGCACAAGUGUGAUACUGAUUCAUAUUGGCUUUGCUGAAUGGCCUUUGAUUCUUGUACCCAGUGAAAGAUAUUAAACUGAAAAGUAAAUAUUUCUUAAUAUUAUGGACAGGAACACAUUGGGUUUCCAGUAUUUUGAGUAGUGAUAUUAAUGGACAAUUCUGAUUUGUUUUCAAGUUGGUAUAUGGAACAAGUUUUUUUUCUUUUUUCCUUUUUUAAUUUUUUUAGUAGCUCAUUGUGCUUUACUCCAGGUGGCAGGGUUUUUUCAUCACACUUUGAACCUUUUAUAGUAAAUUUCUACAGAAACUUGUUCCCUUUACCUUCACUGGAAGGUACUUUAAAUAUAUACCAUAUACAGUUGGUUGUUAUAAAGAAACAUAAAAUGGGUAUUUUUCUGUCUCCUUUUGGUCAUGUGUACUGUAAUUAUUCAAUUUAGUAUUCAUACAUUUACAGUUGAAUAAACUCUCCAAGGAUUGUAGAUUUAUAACCUUAUUGCGAAAAGAUAUGUUUUGUUACAAAUACUUGUUUUAAAAAGUAAUAAACUCCAGGAAGUACUGCAUUGGCUGACACCUGCCCAUAGUGGGUUUCCCAACUGCCUUGAAAGGAUUCAGACAAAUGCAAAUUCUGGCCUGUGGUGUGACACAAGAUGUAAAUACUGAAAAAUCACAUAAAUUAAAAACCAGCAGGGUUGGAGAAGGGAGUUGUUGAGGGGUGUUGUUUUUAGGUGGAGGAAGUGGUGGGAUUAAUUUGUGUUUCUGCUUUUUUUUUUUUUAAAGCAAAUUCCUGUGUUACCAAAAGCCUAUGCUGUAUAUUUUGUUUCUCUUUUGUGUGUUUCUAGUACUUUGAAGGAUUGAUAAACAAAUUGGGUAUUUGUAUGUGGAGAUGUUAAAAGUUGUGGCUGCUCUCUUUGUGGAAGGGAAAAACUUAAAUGAAGUUAAUGCACUUCUUUUCCUAGCUCAGAAGUCACUGUGAUGUAUAUUUUUUUAAUGAAAUUUAGGAAUAAAGCUGUUGUCACAUUGUAUAAUUAGUUUCAAAAUGCUGCUUCUCAUCAUUAGUCUAGUAACUGUUAAAACUGUUUUCUGCAAACUGCAUUUUACAGAAUUUAAACUCUGAAACUAUCAACUUUUAUAGUUAAACAUUGUAUUAAAUAAACUAUAACAGUUUGUUUUGUAUUUUUAAAAUUACUGUUGUAUUAGUUAUUCAACCUUUAUUUUUAUUAAAAGUAAAUAAUGAAGAUAAAUCAACUAAAAAAUACUUUUAUUUUACCCAUGGGGAUAUAGAAUUUGUAUUAGGAAAAACUGAGCAAAGAGUUUCACAAUACUGAACUUCUUUAAGAAUUUAAUCAGCAGUGAUGACUUCCAGAAGGUUUGGAGAUAAAUUCUAGUGUAAAUGUUCAAUCAUAAUGCUUCAGAUUGCAAUGUGUCUUUUGCCUCAGCAAACUUAAGGUUAGAUUUGAAAUUUGUAUUACUAUCUACUGGAAUGCUACCAUUUGCUUUUUAAUUCCUCCAAAUUUCUCAGCAUUGGGAACACUGUAUUAUAUCCUGUGCCUGCCAGUUUUAAUAUAACACUUAACAUUGUAAAGCCAUAUAGAUGUUAAUUGACUCGUAAAACAAAUUGUCUAGUUUUUGGUUUCUUGUUUAGUUUCAUUUUUAUUUAAAUUAGAUAUAUUUAGGGAAAAUGCACCAACUUGAAAGUCACUGAAAUAUAUGGUUAGAUAAAAAUGUUCUGACCAUUCAGUGGUUUGUAUGUGUUAACAGGUGAUAUUAAAUUCUCAAAUUCUGGAGUGUUUUUAAAUGCUUUAUUUAGCCAGGAGAAUAUGUAAAAAUGUGAGUGCUUCAUAUGGACUGUGUAAAUUAAUUGUGUAUUAAAAUACUUUUAGUAUCAA